UCUGACUGUAUGUAUAUAAAAGCCUCUUGCCGGGUUGCUAUCAUCAGCUGUGUGCGUUGACAAACGACCUAGCUCGCUCCAAUGGAAGGGAUGGUAGUUUGUGCAGCAAAUUAUGUGCCUCUCACACCAUUAAGCUUCUUGGAGCGAGCAGCAUUUGUUUAUGGAGAUAGGGUAUCCAUUGUUUUCGGGGAUACCCGAUACUCUUGGAAGCAGACGAGGCAAAGAUGCAUCAAGCUAGCUUCUGCUCUAUCCCUCUUGGGAAUCAUCCCCGGCGACAUCGUUGUAGCUAUGGCACCAAAUAUACCAGAACUGUAUGAGUUGCAUUUUGCUGUUCCAAUGGCCGGCGCUGUCCUCUGUCCCCUUAACACCAAGUUGAAUGCUACAGCUUUGAGCCUAAAACUCGAGCAGUUGGAAGCCAAAGCCAUAUUUGUAGAUUAUCAGUACAUUGAAGUCAUGCAGGAAGCCCUUGGAAUACUAUCCUCCAAAAAAGUCAACCCUCAAUUCCUAAUCUUAAUCCAGGAUAAAUCGAACCCGAAUGAUGAUCAAAGACUGGAUUAUGAUAAACUUCUUGCCACUGGGAAAGAUGAUUUCAAGGCAAUAUAUCCAAAAUCUGAAUGUAACCCAAUCUCAAUUUGUUACACCUCUGGCUCCACAGGCCAACCUAAAGGGGUGAUUUACAGCCACAGAGCUACCUACCUGUAUUCAUUGGGAGAAAGUUUACGACUUGGCGCGACGCGAAAGACGGUGUUUCUUUGGACAGUGGACAUGUUCCGCUGCAAUGGCUGGUGUUUCCCUUGGACAAUGGCUGCAAUAGGUGGCACGAACGUUUGUCUUAGAAAUGUCACCGGGAAUGUUAUAUUUGAUUCCAUUUUUAUUCACAAUGUGACACAUUUUUGUGGCGCGCCAAUCCUUUUACGUCAAAUUGCUGAAGUUGUUGAAAAGUUGGACUGUAAUAAUCAUCCAAGAUUUCCUCAUCAGGUCAAUGUAACAGUUGCAGGGGCAGGGGCGUUGCCAGAGCCCCGAGUUUUGUCGAAAUUCGAAAGCUUAGGAUUUGUUAUUAGUUGUGGGUAUGGUAUGAGCGAAGCUCUGGGACCAGUGAUUUGGAGGACUUUAACCUCAUCUCAGGCUGAAAAUUCAAAUCAUGAUCCAGAGUCAAUGGUAAAAGUUCAGGAAGGAAUGCGCAGUUUGAUAGUGGAAGGAGUUGAUGUCAGAGAUCCAAUAACCAUGGAAAGCGUGCCAGCCGACGGGAAAACAAUUGGGGAAGUGAUGUUUAGAAGCAACACAUUAAUGCUAGGGUACAUAAAAAAUGCACAAGGAACAAAUACAGCAUUUAGUGGAGAUUGGUAUAGGACAAAGGAUCUUGGGAUUAAGCAUCCUGAUGGUUAUAUCCAGAUGAAGGAUCGCGUCGUCGAUGCUAUUGUUGUCGGAGAAGAGAUCAUUAGUUCAUUAGAGGUUGAAGAAGUGAUUGUUAGGCAUCCAAUGGUUUUAGAGGCUGCAGUUGUUGGGAAACCUGAUGAUGUUCUUGGGGAAAUACCUUGUGCAUUUGUGAACUUAAAGGAAGGGUGUUCUGUUACUGCACAAGAUAUCAAGGAUUUCUGUGCUAGUCGUCACUUGCCUGAAAUCAUGAGGCCUAAACAUGUUUUCUUCAAGCAACUGCCUCGCAAUUCCACUGGAAAGAUACAAAAGCAUCUUUUGAGAAGAGAGUUAUUCAUGCAAUAAUGUGGAUUUUGUUGUUACUCCUUUCUUUUAUGCAAAUGUACAAUUGAUUGAAACUAUUGUCUCUCUUUUUCCUCUCCCCCUCCUCCUCCUCCUUAUAUGGAGCUUAUUGCAGGGCAAGGACAAAUGUGAAAAUGGUAGCCUGGAAAUGGAGAAGAUUGGUUGAAUGUUUUUGUGAUUUUUUAAAGUUGCAGAAAGGAAACUGUACAAAAUCACUUGUUCUGAUGUUCA